GUAAUAACCCCCCACACAUGGGUCAGGAGUCGCCUAAUUUUUACAUUAAAAUCAGUCAAACAGAAAUUGUUCCAUUAAAUGUGCAUGUGUGUCUGUGCAAGUUGAUUUUUUCACACCAUGUGGCCACUUUUGGGUUUUUUUCUACUCACUGUCUCAAAUGCAGACGUUUCUCCCUAUUUCUUUUGCGCGGAUAUGAACCCUCAGCAACACGUUAGCAUAGAACAGUUAAUGGGGAUGUGGUACGGUAUCGAAAUAAUAAAUCACCAAGUGGAAGACCACUACGUUCGCAUUGGUAAAUCUUGCCCCGUCCUCCAUUUAACCCUCAGCAAAGACUAUCCGACUACAACUUACAACCCCUUGUAUAAAAAUUACAAUUACGGUUACAAUUACGGGGAAAAACGCCCUCCUUAUCCGAGACCCACUGACAGAAACCCGAAUUAUGACCAAUACGACCAAUACGAAAGAGCCACUCAAGGCCCUUAUUACAGAAAUUACAACAACAGGCGUUACGGUACGAAGUUUUACAACCCUCGGGACUACCCUUACGAAAUGCGGCGACUGAGAAUCUGGUGGGACGAAAAUGGAAGUGAGACAGAAUACCAGUUGAAGUAUAACACGAGUAGACCAGGAUUUUGGAUCAGUGCUGGUCCUCAAAAUGGAUCGGAGUUGGAGCCACUUUACAGCAGUUUCGCAGGGACGGUGCAAGUCAUAAAAGCGGUGGGAAGUCAUUUGGUGCUGACUUUCUGUCACCAGUUGCCCGAUAGACAGUUGUUUACUAUUCUUUUGAGUCGCGAGAGGAAGCUGAAUUCGGCAGAUAUACACGGGGUUCAUAGUUUGUUAAAUAGAAAGGGUUUGAAUACGCAUGCGGUUAAAAAAGUGUGUUGGAGUGGCAGUAAUAAUAUUAAGAAUUCAUUGUUUAUGAUUAUUUUAUUACUCUUCGGGGUAUUUAUAUGCCAAUUUUAGUUUUUUUGACAUAAAUCCUGCAAUUAUUUUAUAAAAUAUUUUUGUUUUUUUUUUUCAUAUUUAGUAUUUUAAAUAGUAAUUAAUAAUAACUAAUUAUCCAAACUCAGCUUCCAUAUACAGUACCUCAUUUACAUCCACAACACUGUGACUAAUAAUUAGACUUAGUUGUUUAUCAUUUUAAAUUGUCUCCUCCUACACAGUUGUUACUUAUUUCUUUACGUAUUCAUUGUACAAAUGUAAAAUAAUUAUAAUUAAUUGUACCUUCCUGUUGACGCAUUGUUUGGAACCGAUUGUUAUUUAUUUUGCGUAUUUAUGUCACGUUAUUUCUGUAUUAAUUUUUAUUUAAUAUAAAUUGUUA